AUGAUCGAGGCUCUGAAGGACAUGAAGCACGGAAAAAGCAGCAGCUACGAGAAUCUGGCGCUGGAGCGGACAGCCACUCAGAUUCUGCAUCGUAUGGAGGACAAGGACAGCGAGGAUUCUUUGGAAAGUACGAGGGGAAGAGUGCUCGCGAACGCGCGCGCGAUUUAUGGACCGAAUCGCUGUCUCGACGUGAUAAGCUUCGCCCCAGCUUCCUCAAGAAAGAUAGGAGCCGCGAUCGUCGAACACAAUCCGACGAGUAGGUCGUACGUUCACUGCUCGUCCGCAAAGGAAAGCUCGCGCCUUGCUGCUCUCGAGCAUCUCCUCGUCAUCACUGAAGACCUUUUACAGCGGCUCAUGGAUGCGGAGGGCAUCACCAUUUAUGACAGUCUUUCCUCCGACCGUCUCAUCAAAGACCUUCAUUCUCCUGCGGCUGGCCAGCACAUGCAGUACUUCCAACACCCACAAUUUCUUCGUGGACACAGCGACUCAUCGUCCGCCUACAUGAACCCGCCAGCGCCGAUGCAACUCAUCCCUCGCACGAGCAGCGAUGUCAUUCAGCAACCAAAGCCUAUGCCUGUUGGUCAGUCUUACGGCAAGCUCGGCCGGGUGCAGUGGAAUCUGGGGUCUGAGGGGUAG